GUCAGCCAACCAAUGCAAAACCAUCUUCAUUCAUGCGCCGCUUCUCCACGGAGAAUUUUGGUCAGGAAAUGCGUUCACCUCAGGGCGUCUCUUCACUGUACCUACUGUUUACAAACUACAAGGCGGCGCGACCGAUCGGCAAAACUUGGUCAGUGGUAUUACGCCACCACCCGCGAGUGCAUCAUCGAUUGUCACCACCAUCACCACCGCACCGUCAUUCUUUAUAGGGCAUCUGCGUGGGUGGAUAGGAUGAUAUGUGCGAAUGUGCGAUGGAUGGAGUUUGCCAUUUUGCCGCCAUUACCGCAUUGAGUGAUCGAUUAGUAUUGUCGCUACAGUUUUGGAAGGACGCCCGAGGUCUGUCCCAAACGAAGGGUCGUGCUUCUACGAUGACGGAUUGUAUGUAUGUUUGUCACCGGGCCACCAGUUACACGAUGGAACGAUAUUGUGUUUUGGUGUUGCAUGUGCUGCGGGAGGAAAAAUGUUAUGCUUCCGAGGCACGAACUAUAAGGGUAGUGAAAACUGAAAGCACUUAUCGGCUGGACUGGGUUGGCAUACUAAAUAAUGAUUCCACGCGGUUGAACACUUUUCGUUUUGAUUGGGAUUCGCCGGCCCAAUGGGUUUGGAGGGAUCUGCCUGCGGACCGAUGGAACCCACUUCCAACCGCUGGCUUGAUUGAACAGUUUUCGGGGAGCAUAUAGUGACGAACGAUGUAGCACUCGAGUAGGGACCGAGGUAAAUGUGUGUCUAUAAUAAUGCCCACUAUGUUAAAUCAAUCGAAAUUGAUUUGAAGAAGGUGUUUCCAAAAUGAAAACAGUUAUCAACGAGCGUGUUAUAAAUAUAACUUGGUGUUUAAUACGAUAGUUCAUUGUUGCAUUGGUAUCCGGUCGGACAAAUAUUCGUGGCUCGUGGCGCGGUUAAGUGAUAAGUUUGACUUGGCAUUGACUGAAGAAGCUCAUAGUGAAAGGACGAUGAAGAUCACCAAAUGCCUGAAGUUGGGCUUAGUGCUUAGUUGUAUCCUAAUGGUUACAGAUGCUGCGAAGAAAAAUAAACGGGGUCUUUAUCAUGGCCUACAUGGCUAUGCAGUGCCAUUAGGUGUAGGGCUUCAUCGGCCCUAUCAUCCAAGUCCUUAUGCAAAGUUCCCAGGACUGUACAAAGGACUGGGAGGUGUGCUUCCACCAGGAUAUGCUCUAUUUCCCGGGAGUGCUUCAGUUACGUCAUUCCAUAGGAAUUUCCCAAAAGUUCCAGCAGUCUACGCACCAAACUACUAUCCAGCGUUCGGAGUACCUGCUACCGGUGUUGUCCGACCGGUAACGAGUCUGUCUCCGGUGGCACCAGUUGCUCCAUUGGCUCCGGCGUUCCCAGCGAUCCCGCAAAUUCCCGCUGCCCAAGCUCCUGUCUACAUCCAGUUAGGAACUCCCCAGCAAACUUCAUUCUUCGCCACUUAUCCCCAGAAACCGUUCAUCCCGGUGGCAAUUCCAGCUCCCGAGAAACCUAAGUUCCCGGUUGUUGUCCCACAGAAACCCGUUUUCACAACCGUGUCCAACUUUGUUCCCAGCAACCUUUUCCCAGCAGGAGUGUACAAUCCCACUGUUGCCGUAUCGAACGUUUCGCCAACCUUCGUGGGAAUUCCGGUUGGUCCUACAGUCACGACUCCGACAGUAUCAACCGCUACGGUGACCCAAACCGCUCAACAGCCCUGGCGUCCGGUUUUGGUGAACCAUCCUACCGCCACACCCAGCACCACAACGGUUUUCAAACCCUCUCUCAAUCUAUUACCUCCGUUCACUCUUCCAGCAAACGCUCAAGGUCAAAUCUACAUUAGCAGCACACCAGCCACACACGUCCAAGACAGCCAACAGCAACAACAGCAGACUCUGCUAGAUCUAGAACAAGCAUCUCUUCACCAUCAAGGUCAGGAGGAUGGAAGUGGAGCAUUCAAUGGUCAGCCGUACGACGUAGCUUCGAACCAUGGGCGGUACUCGGGCCCUUCCAGCUACGACGUAGACAUUACGCACAAUGGAUACCAGAAGAAAUGAGGGCCCUAACCUUCGAAAUCCUAGGACCGUUUGACGCUGUCCGUUUGCCAUUUCCAUGUUGUUACUAGUUAUGCAUUUCCAUGUAACGAUGUAGAUUAGGAUAAAAUCUAUUAAAUUUAUUUAUUACUUUAUCGA